CAUCCGGUCGGAGGCCAGACAGAUCUGUUGUCAUUUCCUCUUGCUUCACGCUCUGCUGACAGUGUCGGGUUUGAUAAAAAAACAUCAAAGCGUGAAAAUCCCGGUGAAUUAGUUGACAGAAUCAGCAGUGUGUGUGUGUGUGGAUCAUGCUGAAGGACUCGAACACACACCAUCCCUCCAUCAGCGACUGACACACGCGCUCAGAUCAUCUGAAGCCGUCGUAAAUGUUGUGAGGAUGCUGUCCCUCUCUUCAUUGUCAUGUCUGUGAACGGAUAGAUGGUGUUGUUCUGUGUUCAGUGCUGGAGCGCGGCCCUGGGCUUCCCGUUGAGACUUCUUCAUCACUUUAAGCGGUCGUCUGAGGAUGUGUCUGCUUUGUUUAUCAUUCACUGCUCUCCAUGGCUGUUUCAGGUAGGAAGCGCGUAGAGGGACGUCACUGAGGAGUGAUGCCUGUUGAAAGUGGAAACAGCGCAGCCGCCCGUCAAGUCAAACAGAAGCGCAAGUCGCACAGUCUCUCCAUCAGGAGGACCAACAGCACCGAGCAGGACAGACCAGGCAUGCAGAGAGACAUGCUGGAGGGACAGGACUCCAAGUUGCCGAUGGCCUUAAGGAGUAACCUACUGGACCUGUUUGGACAGAUUGAACGGGAGUUUGAAAAUCUCUACAUUGAAAACUUAGAAUUGCGGAGAGAGAUUGAAUCGCUGAACGAACGUUUGGCCGGAGAAGGACAGACCGUUGAUGGCGGCGAUCUGAGCAAAGGAGCCCUAAAAACAAAAGCUAGUCACAGCACAAGUCAACUUUCCCAAAAGCUGAAGACAACAUACAAGGCCUCCACUAGCAAGCGCUCAAAUUCUUUCCCGGGGAAAGUAGGUGGACCUCGCAACUUCAAUGUGGGGAACUGGGAGUUAUGGGGUGGAGACUCAUGGAUUGUGUCCAGUUUCAAAGCCACCACGUCUCGUGCAGUGUGUCAGCUGGUCAAAGAGUACGUGGGACACCGGGAUGGCAUAUGGGACCUGGCUGUGACUCGGGUUCAGCCGCUGGUUUUAGGCACCGCUUCAGCCGAUCACUGUUCCAUGCUGUGGAGUAUUGAGACUGGGAAGUGCCUGCUGAAAUAUGCCGGUCAUGCUGGAUCAGUCAACUCCAUUAAGUUCCACCCAACAGAGCAGAUGGCGCUGACAGCGUCCGGGGACCAGACGGCACACAUCUGGCGUUACAUGGUGCAGCUGCCGCUUCCCCAGCCCCCAGCAGACAUCAGCGCCUCGCUGGACGAUGACGUGGACUUCUCUGAUAAAGACGAGGCCGACGGCGAGGCGGAUGGGCCCAACGAAUGCCCCACUAUCCGCGUGGCCACCACGACCUUGAAGAGCCACCAGGGGGUGGUGAUAGCGGCUGAUUGGCUGGUGGGAGGAAAGCAGGUGGUCACUGCAUCCUGGGACCGAGCGGCCAACCUCUACGACGUGGAGACCUCCGAGCUGGUGCACACCCUCACAGGUCACGACCAAGAGCUGACCCACUGCUGCACUCAUCCCACUCAGCGUCUGGUGGUCACCUCGUCCAGGGACACCACCUUCCGUCUGUGGGACUUCAGAGAUCCCUCCAUCCACUCGGUGAACGUCUUCCAGGGACACACCGACACCGUGACGUCAGCCGUGUUCACCGUGGGAGACAACGUGGUGUCGGGAAGUGACGAUCGCACCGUCAAGGUGUGGGACUUGAAGAACAUGAGAUCUCCAAUUGCUACCAUCCGCACAGACUCAGCCGUUAAUAGGAUAAGUGUCUCAGCGAACCAAAGAAUCAUCGCUCUGCCACAUGACAACAGGCAGGUCAGGCUGUUCGACAUGAAUGGAGUCCGUCUGGCCCGUCUGCCUCGGAGCAACAGACAGGGCCAUCGGCGCAUGGUGUGCUGCUCCGCCUGGAACGAGGAGAACCAGGCUUGCAAUCUGUUCACCUGCGGCUUCGACCGCCAGGCCAUCGGCUGGAAUAUCAACAUCCCUGCCCUGCUGCAAGAGAAGUGACGCGUUUCGCACGUGCACAAGCUCAACACGGCCCAUCCACCCAAUCACGACUGAACACGUUCGUCAGUGCCACACCUGCAGUAGAUUUUAUAGAACACUUUCACGUUCUGUGUGAUGAGUUUUUCACCCCGUCAUGCCUUCCGACGUCCGUGGGAAUUAUUUUCAUGGAUAUUCUGCAUAUCUAACCCCGCGCUGUCUGCUCUGAGGUCAUAUAGUGUGGUGAACUUCCUCCCAGUCUUGUUACCCCCGUUUUUACAUGUUUGCAUGAAACUGCGACUCGUGAAUCCUUGCGAGACCGGGACUUUGCCGAAAACGUUCGUUCGCGGCCUGCCGCUGUUACACUCGAGUAAUUUUUCACUUUAGUGGUAUUUUUGUUGUGCAAUGUUCUUUGUACAGAUGACUUUUUAUUUUAGUAUAGCAUUUUAGAUUUUUUUUUUUUUUCCUUUCGUUUUGUAUAGAGUUCUGCUUUGCUUUUUAUUGAGAUGAGAUGCGCAAAAGAAACUUAAAGCACUCUGCCUUUUGUGAACGGAAAUCGGCAAUCGCAUUUGCGGAUACACACCUUGUAGAUGUUCGGAUUGCCGUUCGAGCGGGCCAAUCGGCUUCCGUCAGUAUUGCCGCAGUCCAUUUGCAUGACAAACCCACCUCUCUUGUCAAAUAUGUGAAGCAAAAUGCUGUAUAAUUGCCGUGUAAUCUUGUUCACCCUAUAAAAACGAUGAAAAAAAACCGUAUUGACUAUUUAUGAAGCCCUACGUUUGAUGUUCACUUCCAUUUCAAGGGCUUUCAAGUCGUGUAAAAGUAAAUAUUUGAAUCGACGCAUCUGAAUUCAGAACAAGCGUUGCUCACUGCUGUAGAUUUUACGUUGAAGAGUUGUUUGCGGCAGCGGGUUUUCGGUAUUGUAAUAUUCGUCGAUAAUCAUCGGACCAAAUGUCGAUGCCUGGCUCAGUAUGACCUGCUGAUGCUCGAAAGGCUUCCUGGUGUACUUUGGACUUCUUGUGAUGUGUGAACCACUGUGCAUAGCCGUAUCUACAGAAACCUCGCUUGAAAGACUUGCGACAUUCGUCGGUAAUCCUUAAAUGGAAGCUCUUGCGUCAUUGUUACAAUUGGUAUCGUUACUGCAUUACUGGACUUACACCAGAACUGCUUUGGACCGUGCUAUAGAAGUCUUGGAAAGUGUCGGUUCUUUUCACGUAGACAGUCUGUUAAAUCUGUUAGGUCUAACAAAAAGAUGUUUAAUAUGCGAUGUAUAUUUGUGUGGUGUCCACGUUUAAUGGACCGUAUUUGGCUUUAGAGUUGAAAUGUACGCAAAGACGCAUAGCAAACGCUCAUCCUUUAUCCAGCUGUCUAACCAUGCAUAUGACCCAUCAGAACGUCCUUUAAAAAGGAGUCUGAUCUCCAACAUUUUAGUUGUCUUUAACUUGAUGGAAUGUUCUGUGGGGUAUUCUGUAUUGAGCCAUUUCACUUUUUUUAUUUGAGAGCAACUUAAUUUGCUGUAUUGGAGAAACAUUGCAUCAGAUAAUAACGUAGAGCGAGAGAGCGCAUCAAAAUCGUUCACUGCUGGGCUUCAGAAUAAAGUGAAGAUGUCUUUCAACGAU